UAAAGAAAAGGAUAAAGUGCAACGAAUGUAGCCCACUGAAGAGUAUAACAAAGAAGGAACAAAACUCACUACUUCCAGAUGGCUACUCCAGUGAAAGUAUAUGGACCGACUUUGUCAACUGCAGUCUCAAGAGUUCUAGCUUGUCUUCUUGAAAAAGAUGUCCACUUUCAGCUUCUCCCUGUUAAUAUGGCCAAAGGGGAACAUAAGAAACCUGACUAUCUCAAAAUUCAGCCCUUUGGACAAGUCCCAGCUUUUCAAGACGAGAACAUCACUCUCUUUGAAUCCAGAUCUAUAAAUAGGUACAUAUGUGACAAAUAUGGACAUCAAGGGAACAAGGGGCUGUACGGAACAAACCCGUUAGAGAAAGCAUCUAUAGAUCAAUGGAUAGAAGCAGAAGGACAAAGCUUCAAUCCGCCAAGUUCAAUUCUCGUAUUCCAGUUGGCUUUUGCACCGCGAAUGAAGAUCAAACAAGACGAGAACCUGAUCAGACAGAACGAAGAGAAGCUCAAAAAAGUGCUUGAUGUGUAUGAAAAGAGGCUCGGUGAGAGUCAGUACUUGGCCGGAGAUGAGUUCACAUUGGCCGAUCUCUCUCACCUUCCAAACAUCCAAUAUUUGGUGAACGGGACAGACAGAGCAGAGUUCUUCACUUCAAUAAAGAACGUGGGAAGGUGGUGGGACGAGAUAUCUAGCAGAGAAUCGUGGAAGAAGGUAGUUGAAAUGCAGACCUCACCCCCUCCCUCCUAAGACUUGCUGAAACCAUUUGUUUUUCAAAGAUUGUAUUGCUCUGUUAUUUGUCAUGUUGCGAGUUUUAUGUUCUCCGGCUAGACUAACUACAUCUCCAUCUGUGGGUUGAAUAAUGAUUACUAGUUUAUACUUUCUACAGCUACAUUUGUGGGUUUAAUAAUGAUAGUUUACAAACAGAUCAA